AUGGCGGAAGCUGCGCGCAAGCAGCUGCAUCUUACAUUCAAGAAUCUACUCGCCUCCGGUGAGUUCUCUGAUCUCACUGUGACCUGCGGACCCGACUCGUACAAGGUCCACAAAAAUGUGGUGUGUUCCCGCGCGGAGUUCUUUUCUCGCGCUGUCAAGUUCGGAGGCAAGGAGACCGAGCAAGGCAGUGUCGACCUCCCAGAAGAUGAACCCGCUAUUGUCAAGUUGAUGAUGCAGUACAUCUACGAGGGCGAAUACGAUCCCGCCCUUCCCGACAAUGAGCUGGGCGAUUCCACGAAGGUUCCGGCUCACUUCCCCAUUCCUGUGGGACCCCUGCCUGCACAGUUGAUGGUCCACGCUAAACUCUAUGAAAUCGCCGACAAGUACGAUGUAUUGGGGUUGAAAGAGCUGGUGAUCGAAAAGUUCAAGCGGGCUUGCCACAGCUUCUGGAACGAUCCCUCCUUCGCAGCUGCGGCUCAUCACGUUUUCUCCACCACCCCAGAACAUGACAAAGGUCUGAGGGACAUUGUGUUGAAGACCAUCGCGGAACACAUGGCCGAGCUUGUGAAGAAACCUGAGGUUGAAGCUUUGCUUACCGAGUUCAAUGGACUGGCCUUUGGCUUGCUCAAGAUGAAGACGGAGGCCGGUUGGAAGUGA